AUGAUUCAAACUAUGGAUGUUCAUGAAUAUCAAGAUUUGGAUGGGUUGCCAAAUGUACCAUCAUCAAGAUACCGAAACUCGGAUAUUCAUGAUGCCAAUAUUGAAGAUGGUAAUCCGGCUAAUUGGAUUGGAAAAGACUUUGAUGACCAAGAGUUAAGGGACCGGAUUAACCCAACCAGACGAGGUGAGGGUAGAGAUAAUUGUACCGCUCCUGUUUGGAAAUACUUCGAGAUAGAAUGGAUAAAGGAGGACGAUGGAAUUGAAAUAAGCAAGCAUUUUAAUGGGUGCAAGUUAAAUCCAUAUAACAUAUCGAAAGAAGUUGAUAACAAACAACAAAAGUUGUCAUUUACGAAAGCUCCUAAUGGUGAGGGUCAUGUAUACACAUGGAAACAUGAUGAUACUAGGAUCCAACUUGCCUUGCUAGGCCAUUUCACCAUCGGGGAAUUACCAUUUAAAUUCAUUGAAAACGAGGCAUUCAUAGAAUUUGUGAACGCCCUCAAUGGUAGGGUGAAAUUGCCUUCAAGGCAUAAAAUUUCUCGUGAUGUUGUGUCAUUCUAUUAA